AUGGAUAUGACUGCGGAAGAGUUGAAUGAGAAGUGCGGUACUAAAACCAAUUGGCAGGUUAGUUGGGUGCUGACUGAGAGGAUUUUUGGUACGACUUUGGAGGCACAGCGGCCCUUCAGUGUCCAUUAUACUACAUAUAUGUGGUUAAUACUAGGAGGAUCACUGUUUUUAGACAAGAGUGGUAACCGCACUCAUCCUUCCUUCCUCCACGAGCUUGAUAUUAAUGAUGUACCAAUUAAUGAGUACUCUUGGGGCUCAGCUACUCUAGCCUACCUGUAUUGGAAGUUGAGUACGACAUCACGAAAAGAUGUUGAUUCAAUCGCUGGUUGUCUCACACUUCUGCAAGCGUGGAUUUACGAGUACUUUCUGUGCUUUCGGCCUCAUCAGGGUACCUUGACGGAGGAGCUUAAUAUCCCUCGUGCGUCUGCUUGGGAUGUUGGGUCGAGAUGCCCUAACAAGAGCAUGAAGCGCCUCUUAGCUUUUCGUGCUAGACUGGAUAAGCUGAUUGAUCGUGAGGUUAACUGGCCCCCGUACGGAGUUGAUCCUGCACAACACGUGCCACCCACUUUAUUUACAGGGUGCAUCCAGUACCGUAGCAUCAUUGAGCCGUACAUGCCUAAUCGAGUAGUUCGACAACUUGGAUUCGUGCAGGACAUUCCAAAGAGCAUUAUCACGCCUGAGAAGGCCAAGAGACCGACCAACUUGAAGACGUUUCGAGUAGAAUUUCUGACCGAGAUGACAUCUGUGAUGUGGACUAGGUUUGUCCCUGGUUCGCCUUUAAGUGUAGUUUUAGGCACCCACACCAGACUUGGUCGUCGAGCUCCUAUGGUCGCUCCUGGUUACAUGAAGUGGUUGUAUAGAUUUUCUCACCCUCGUGUAUCUCCUGGGGGUUCAUCAGCUGGGAGUAGCAAUCUACCUGAGAGGACUAACACGGAUUAUUGGAUGAAUCGGUCCAUGGAGAUUCACCAAAGAGCACUGGAUGAGUAUCCCAACAUGUCGCCUGAAACAAGGGCAAUGACUAAGCAGCUAGUAAUUGACUGA